AUGACUAUUCAUUUCUUCCUGAUGUGGCCCGAAACAGCUGGUAAGACCCUGGAGGAGAUCGACGACUUGUUCGCUCCUGGAGCACUUCCCGCUUGGAAAACUCGUGUUGGUCAUAGUCGUCUUGACGACGAAAUCAAUGAACUUGAAUUAGGAGCCGAAAAGCACGAGAUUCACCAUUAUGAGAAAAAUGAUGCUGAUGUCUGA